CAAGAUGAAUAACAAAUUAAAAAUUUUGACCCUUCUCUGUGUCGCCACCACCGGCACGUACUACAUAUGUGUGCACAAGAAGAAAGAAAUUAAACAGCUACUCAAUUCCAUGUUUGUAAAAAGCAAAAAGAAGAAGCACAGACGGAGGGACAGUGUGCGGAGGAAGAAUCGCAGUGCACGUAAGGCGAAGUCCUUGGCUAGCUUAGCACCGAUGGGAAGUGAAUCCGGAGAAGAAGAAAUUGUUCAUGUGAAUGAAGACACCUCUGUUAUCAGCUCAGAAAAUGAUUCAUAUUUUCUUGACGCGAGGGAAGAGACCCCACGGGGGGGGAAUGGCCUGGCAGGCGGCCACACCAAUGGGGGGAGCACGAGGAGGGGAGAAGCUUCCUCCGAAAAAGGAGAAGGAGAAGAAGGAGAAGAAAGCACCCUGACGGAUGUCGAAGAUAUUAACAACCUGAAUGACAGAGCAAGUUACAACGUUGUGCAGAUAAAGGCAAAGCAUAGAAGCAGGGGGAAAUACCUGAAUGGGCUCCGGAAUGGAACCCCCCAAAAAGGGGUCCCUCCAAAGGGGGUCCCUCAAAAGGGAGUGCCUUCAAAGGGAGUGCCUUCAAAGGGGACCCCUCAAAAGGGACUUCCCCACGAAGAGGAAGAUUUCCAAUGUGCGGAUAACUUAAAAGAAUGCGGAGUCAUCCUCCCGGAGAAAUACAAAAUAUAUUUCAAGUCCUUCGGAUGCGCACACAACAGCUCGGACUCUGAAUUUAUGAUGGGACUGCUGGGGAACUAUGGAUUUCAGUUUGUUAAAAGUGUGGAAGAGUGUGAUAUUUGCAUAAUUAAUAGCUGCACGGUGAAAAAUCCAAGUGAGGAAAGUAUGAAGACCAUUAUCAAUUAUGUGCAUAAGUUGAAUAAGGCUAACAGGAGGAGGGCGACUGGUCAAAUGGGUAAAAAAGGGAAAAGGGGAAAAAAUGGAGAACUUGGGAAAAAGGGACCAACAGAUGAGGGUGAACAGGACCCACAUGCGGAUUAUCUCACCACGUCAUCUUCUGGAAUCUCGGAUUUUGAGCAGGACAAGGGGUGCGGGAAGGGAGAAGCCAGCUGCUGCGCGGAAGAAGCGUGUGCAUGUGCGCCAGCCAAGGGAGAUUCGGGUUUGGUCAAAAGAGAAGCAGUGAAGAAAACGGAAAAGGAAGCGGUGAAGGGAGCGGCCGCGACAGCCCCCCGCGGAGAUAUCAAAAUUAUCGUCUGCGGAUGUGUGCCGCAAGCGGAGAAGGACAUGGAGAUAUUCGAAAACGUGUCGCUCGUGGGGGUAAGCAAUAUUGACAAAAUCGUGGACGUCGUGGAGAAUGUGAUUAACGGGUACAAUGUGCGCUACCUGAAGCAGGGGAAAAAAAUGACCUCACUAAAUCUCCCGAAAAUAAGAAAAAACAAGUACAUAGAAAUCAUCAAUAUUAACAACGGGUGCUUGGGAAACUGCACCUACUGCAAGACCAAAUUUGCCAGAGGGGACUUAGCUAGCUAUAACAUACCCGAUAUUAUUAACAGAAUAAAGCAUGUGUGCAGUGAGGAAAAUAUAAAAGAAAUUUGGUUGACGUCGGAAGACACAGGGGCAUAUGGAAUAGAUUUAAAUACCAAUAUCGUCAAACUACUUAAAGAAAUUCUGGACACCAUUUCCAACAGCGACGUUAUGAUCCGCCUAGGCAUGACGAACCCACCGUACAUUCUGAAACACGUCAAAGAUAUAUGCAAUUUGUUAAAGCAUAAAAAUAUGUACGAGUUUAUUCACAUCCCUGUUCAGAGCGGCAGUAACAGAGUGUUAAAAAAUAUGAACAGGGAAUAUCAAAUUGAAGAUUUUAUAUACUUAGUGGAAAAUUUAAGGAAGGAUGUUCCAAAUAUAACCAUUGCAACGGAUAUUAUAUGCGGAUUUCCAUACGAAAUGGAGAAUGAUCACGUGGAAACUGUCGACUUGGUAAAAAAAUAUCAAUUUCCGAUACUUAACAUUUCCCAGUUUUAUCCCAGAAGGGGCACUGUAGCUUAUGGCAUGAAAAAAAUUAACACAAAAAUUGUGAAAAAAAGAUCGAGAGAAGUAACGGAUGCGUUUCUUUCCUAUACGAACAAUUACAAAUUUUUGGAAGGAACUACGCAGAGGGUUCUAUUCACGGAAGUGUCCACAAAAAGUGAUGACCUUAUUGGGCACACGAAACAGUAUGUUAAGGUGUUGCUGCAAAACAGGAACAAUGAAAACGCCCAUUUGUUGAGCCAUUUCGCCAACUGCAAAAUUGUUUCAGCUCAUAAAUGGCACGUAGUUGCGGAACUGGCGUG